UUGACACUGAGCGGAUCGUUUCCACACUAAAACACUGCUGCCCGUUCAAAAUGACUCCGACACGUUUCACGGACUUUUGAUAUACGUGUUUCUUCUUCUUCUUCUUCUUCUUCUUCUUCUUCUUCUUCUUCUCGACAGUUGAGCUGCUGAAGAUGAGCUCAAAGACUGAAGACACAGAGGAGGGCCUGCAGGCCGAGCUCCGAGCUCAGGCCGAACACUGGCAGGGCGUGGCGACGAUCUGUGAGCUGAGCAAACAGGAGGAACUGGCAGAGCUGCAAAAACAAUGUGAUCAAGAGAUCCAGUCCCUGCAGGAGGCCCUGAGAGAGACGGCAGCGCAGUAUGAGGCCCGGAUAUCCGUCCUUCAGUCUGCGGAGUGGAGGAGAGCCAGUGGACAGACCGUGAUCAGUGAACGGAGAGGCAGGACGGAGGCAGAAGUCCCCAGCAAUGAAUCCACCGCAUCGAUCACCAACAGCCUGACGGAGGCCGAGGCCGCGCUGCCGACGGACAGGAGGCACAACCAAUCAGCGGAGCUGGAGGCGGUGGCGGAGGGAGAAGGGGCUCCUCUUUCGUCAGAGGCGUAUUUUUCACUGCGGCACUGCGACUCGGCCUCGUUAUCCUCCUUCUCUUUGGACACGCCCUCUCUGCCCAGAAAACUCCACGCUCAGGAGGACACCGACUCUCUGGUCUCCACAGGAACAUUGGUGCCGGAAGCCAUCUACCUGCCGCCGGCUGGUCACCGGCUCAUCACGCACGGCGACUGGGAUGCACUCAAUGCUCAGGUGUCAGAGCUGCGAGGGGAGGCGAGUCGGUUGCAGGCUGAGAAGGAGGAGCUGGAGAGGGAGCUGGACACACAGACCAACCACACACACAAGCAGGUAUCAAUGCUCCAGUGUCAGGUCCACACUUCAGAGGCCCUCCUCCAGGAUUUGCAGAAAUCUUUCAGCCAAUCACAGAAUGCCGUGCAGAGUCGGCUGGCAGAGUUGUCGUUUUCCCAGAGGAAGGUGUGCAGUGAGCUGUCCAGACUGAAAGGAGAGGAGGUGGAGGAGGAGGGACCAGACUCUUCAUCGUUCCCAGCAACGCUGCAGGGGGCGCACUCUGAGGAGCGGCUCCGCAUCGAGAUUGUCAACCUGAGGGAGCAGCUGGACACCCGGACAGAGGAGAACGAAGUUUUAGAAGUGCAGCUGUCCAGUCUGAAGACGGAGACGGAGAGGAUCCAGAGUCAGAAGGACCAGCUGCAGGCUGAACUGCUGGCCUGCCGCACUGAACUGGACGCCCUGCGGGUGGCGCUGUCUCACGUGCAUUGCACCAACAAGACCCUCACUGAUGAUAAAGCGUCUCUGCAUCAACAGUGUCUGGAGCUGCGCAGCCAAGUGAUCAGUAUGCGCUCGCAGGCCGACACCGUCCAGACCGUCCAGAGGGACUUUGUCCAGCUCUCCCAGUCGCUGCAGGUGAAGCUGGAGGUAAUUCGGCAGGCUGAGAGUCUUGAACAAGUCAGAGAAAUCCUGGAGGAGGGAGUCAGUGAAGCUGGUUCCCCGCCUGCAGACGCUUCCUGAGUUUAUA